CGCCACGCGAUCGCGGUAGUUCUAUGUUCGGUUAAAAACAAGAUUAAGUAUCGAAAAUUCUUGGCGUCAAAGCACACAUGCUUUAGCUUCAGCAAUAUUCCUACGCCACGUGCUAGCAGACCUAGAAGGAUGGAUAUAUUAUUCUAAUUUCAGAGCAAAAGUUUGAGGAACUUGGCGCUUGUAUCCGAGCUUGUUUGUUGAUAGCUUGAGGUGUUGUUCUACAGUGUUGUCCUGAUGACAAACCUGACUCCACAAGAGAUGCUGAUCAGUAUUCGCAGCGAAAUGUGCUAAAGACCAUGGUCGAUACGCAAAAGAGGUCCACUGGAUCCAAAGGGAAGAUGUGUCGUUGCACUGCGACGGUUUUGAAGUCGGAGGAGGCAACGCUAAAGAAACAGAUCGUUUCCCUUAACGCUCAAUUUCAAGAGUUGAUGAUCUCGGUGGCAGAGCUCUACCCAGACGUACUAACACGAGGCUUUGCUAAGGGCACACUUGGGUUCGUGAAAAAGUCGGAAGGGUUCGGCGAACCCUCGCCACAGUGUAGCACUCCACCGAUUGAACGGAGAUCUUCUGAAAGACCGUAUGUGAAGCAAAGACCUCUUUCGUAUCGAUUUUCCCCGGAAUCUCUCCGAGAUGGUAAGGGAAGUCUACUCAGUGAAUGGAAGGGGAGGGUGUCAAAAAGUGAGAAGAAUGAGACGAAUAAAACUGCCGAAUAUGUGCCGAGGGUAUCGAAAGAGCAGAAAGUGACGAGGAGAAAAUUCAGCCCAAAUCCGAGCACUCCCGAACAUGUACCGAGCACUACCGAACAGGUAUCGAGCACUACCGAACAUGUACCGAGCACUGCCGAGCAUGUACAAGGCGCAGUCUCUGCGCAAUGCUCGCUUAUAGAAGACACGUGGAUUACAUUCGAGGAUUCUAAAUCUAUAUUUUCGCGAGAAAAGAGAAACGGAUCUGAUAAAGGUGUCCCUGGAGGUGCAGUGGAUAUCCGAGCCACGCAGAGACAAUCAAUAGCGAAAGUACCACCGAGCACUGAGGGAAUGAGUAUAGAGGACAGCGAAAGGCGUAGAAGAAUCAAAGAGAGGCUUAAGGAAUCGCGUAAGAAACUUGAUGUAAUACAGCUUGGCCUCUUUUAGCAAGGCAAUGUGUGGCCUUGUUUGCUCAGUCAUUUACGACGGUACGACUAAACUUGAUAAUGAAUUAUUUAUUACAGCCUUCCUUAUCUUUUGGCACAA